UCGAACUGAAUGCAUGCGGUGUUCCUCGUGUUUCCCUUCACGACCCUCCGAAGUAUCCACCGGAUGAUCCGGAGUGCUGGUUAACGAACGGCGGAGCCGGUGGUGCGCGGUUUUGAUCGCUUGGAACAGGCGGUUCUCUUCCGAGAGAGCGUCGACUAUCGUCGUCGUCGUCAUCGUCGGGUGUACUUUGUGCGAGAAGUUUCGUCUCGGUGAUCGACGCCCUCGCCGCGCGUCGACGACUCGCCGUUGACGAGGAGCGGAAGCGAUCGUUCGUCCGGAUAUUUGCAAUUUCCGUCGAUCGACGGAAUGCCGUCGCGCGCGAUGCCCCGCGGUGAGACCGCGCGAGUGCCGAUCUGAUCGGAUCGCGGGACCACGUGGUUAGUGUCCGGAUCAGGUGACAGUGUUGAAACGCGCCUUGUGCACGCCGCGUACAGGCUCUCUCGCGAGUCGGCAGAGCGGCGAUAUAUCAUCGUGGUCGCGCGCGCUUCGCCGUCGCGAUGCGUCCUCGCGCGACAGCUUAGAAGGAGUGGUGGGGGAGAAUCGAUCGACCGAUCGGUCGGGGAUUGACUGCGGGAACACGACGCGCCGCCGAGCGGAUCGGGAAUCGCGCGCGAAGUCGGCCGACAGUGGUUCUUCUAAUAUGCGUGUCGCGGGGAAACGGACCGACGACACGCUCGCCGCCGGUUCUCCGACUUUGACGAAUUCGCGCGUGCCCCCCCUCGAGGCCUGACUCCCUCGCGACAUUUCGUCGACCGUCGAAAGUGUUCUCCUCGUUUUCGUUCGGUAUUCGACCGCCGGUGACGAAGCGCGGGUGAUGUGCUGGUGCCUGUGUUGCGUCGACUGAGAGAGAAAGAGAGAGAAAGAGAGAAAGAGAGAGAGCAGUGCCCGGUGUGCCGGAUGCCAAGACGAUAAUCGUUCCUGUCUUCGAGGCCCUUGCGACCACCGCCGUCAUGAUCGCGAUCCUUCUGCUGUUCCUCCUGGGCCGACCGGCUGCGUGGGCGGACCAUUUGGCCUUGUUAUCAGGCACCCUGAAGACCUACCAGCGCGCGGCCUGCGACGAGGAGUUGAUGACGCUGAAAUGUCCACCAGGCACGACCAUCACCGUCGCCCUCGCUCAAUAUGGCCGGGCUGGGGCGAAUGGCACCGGCAGGUGCAGCUCCUACGAUCCGUCAUCGCUUGCAGGGGACAAACUGAAUCACACGUGCAUCUGGCCCCAAUCGCUGCAGUACUCACUGUUGCAGACGGUGGUCGAGGUGUGCCAGAAGAAGAGGCAGUGCAAGUUCAACACCAGUCCAAAGACCUUUCAGGGAGACCCGUGUCCAGGUCUCCCGAAGUACAUCGAGGUCGCUUAUCAAUGCCGUCCUUAUGAGUUCAGGAGUAAGGUUGCCUGCGAGAAUGACGUGAUCAAUCUUGUCUGCUAUCCCGGACAAAGAGUCGCCAUUUUCAGCGCGUCGUUCGGCAGAACGGAACACGAAUCACUCCAGUGUCCGCAGCCGCGCGGCGUCAAGGAGGAAACGUGCAUAGCAUCAUACGCCACGGAGACCGUGAUGACAUUAUGCCAUGGAAAACGCCGUUGCACCGUGGUAGCAAACAGUUCGACGUUCGGUGAACCCUGCAGCCCCGACAGCAAGACCUAUCUGAGGGUUGUCUACACAUGCGUGCCGAGGGCAGUGUUAAGAGAGCAGUACGAGGGCGACGUCGAGCCAGAUGAAAUCGAUCUGAUUCACGAGUUCGAGGAGGGCUUCGACAGGGCAGAUUUCAGGGCUGAAUUCAGCCCGAGUCCGAACCUCGAAGGGCCGCAACCGCAGCCAAGGGAUAACGUCUCCCGAAAUUUCCCAACGGCCAGCUCAUCGCCGCCACGUGCACGAACAAACAACGACGUGGACACGCAAUCAGGCAACUAUAAAUCGGUCGGCGUAGGAGCGAAAGACUCGCCCCUAACGCCCACGGUAGAGCAAGGGAUGAUUAUGUUCGGGAACAACGUGGAUGAUAAGAAUGCUAGGGAGCUUACCAGCAGUACGAUGUCGCCGAUUAAUUGUACGACAGUAGUCUACGCCGUUCCCGAGGAGGAUCGCGUCGUUGUUGGAUAUAUCAAUGAAUGGAUCAAUGCAUACUCAUUCAUAUCGAAGAACCAAGAGAAAUUCUACCUCUACAUCAUCGUCUCGGUCACCGCCGGUAUACUGAUCUUUCUCGGAUUGGUGAUCGGCCGGCUCCUGGUCAGCCGUCAUCGCGCCAAGAGGGACGCGAAAUUCCACGCGAACAACGAGGCGCUACCCAAUGGAUUCACCGAUGACAUUUCCGAGAUCGACGCUGAUAUCGAUCUCACGACGCCGGUGCCAGUCCCGAUGCAAGACACAAGGCUGCCGGAGACCCAGCUGGCCGAGCGACUCCACGGCGAGCGUUACUACGCGGACACAAGGAUACCAUUGUCGCCGACCUCGAUCCACCCGCCGCCGGGCCACCACGGUGGCAACACCGGCGUCAGAGUGGACCUCGGCAAUCACAUGAUCGGCACCGACAGCCUGCACACGAUCCUCCGCCCGGAGAACCCGCGGAGCCUGAACACGAAGAGCUAUUACUACGGCUGACAGGAGGAAGGGGUUGUCCUGCGCGAGGGACGACCCUCGUCCUUGAGCCCGGUACCGGAAGUGAGCACGCGGAAGUACUGCUUCUAAUCGGGACGCGCCGACAAAGCUUCUCCGAAGGACAGCCGACGCGCGGGGCCAUUGUCAGCCGCGUUCGAGCCACGAUCCAUCCAUGGGUCCGUCGUCGAUCAGUCGUCGUUGUCCCGUCGCGGAUUAUCGCGCCCCUCCGCCGCCCGGAAACGGGCCGCGCGACGGCGACGGUUUUUUUAUACUUGGCCCAAGGGAGAAGGAGGAGGAGGAGGAGGACUUUGAUUUCCAAUCUCGCGGAAUUAACGCUUCGCCGGCAGGAAGCGACGAAUCGAUCGACCGGAACCGGAAUUACGCCGGAGCGACGGGACCGAGAGCUCGUCGGAGGACGUGUCGGAGAAUCGUCGGAGGACGUCGGCGGACGAAACGUGGAACCACGGGACCCGUAGUCCUGGCCGGAAGCGAAGAAUCACGACGACGAUGGCUGUACAUAUAGGGUUCCGGCGCCGAGAAUCCGCUUCGAUCGGCGUCGCGGAUUGGGCCGCGCGGAUGAGAACAGGGUCGGGCGGACACCGUCGGCGGAUUCUCCGGCGCGCGGCGGAGCACGCUCAGAAUAAUUCUUAUUGUUGUUGAGGAUGCUGUUGUUAUUCAGAGAUACUGUUUUUAAUCGAGAGACGUAGUUGUAUAGCGCUGGAUUAUGGGUCAGAGGAUAUAAGCACACGUUGAUCGUCGGCGAACGGUUAAAGAUUGUUGAUGCGGAGGGCCCGAGCGCGUCCCGCGUCCGGCACCGGAAGCGAGCAACCAGAGGCGUCGUCGAACUCGACGGAAUUCGAUCCAGGUCCCCAGAUGCGCCAGAUGACGUUCCAAGCGAACCUCGAACAACGGAGAAAGAGAGAAAGAGAGAGAGAGAGAGAGCUCGAAGAGAUUGUUACUUUCGAUCGGCGUUGCCCGAUGAUAUUCGGUCCUCGGCUCGGCUUCCGGGGAACGGUUCUUUUGUAUUUCAAGACGGCGGCGACGAUGACUCGCGCGCAAGCGUUAGCGAGACACUUUUGUAACCGUAGCUUUGUCGGAUUAGUUCGGAGUCGCGAUUUUUCGUAGGUCGGGUGCAAAUCGCUUCGUGCGCGCGCGCGCGCGACGACAAGGCUCGGCCUCGGGUCAGAAAUUAACACUGCCUGUUUUACGGUGAGAACAAUAUUAACGAGAUAGGGACACACACCUGCCCCGAGAAAGGUGUGCGCGCGUCGAUGUCCCGCUAUAAACGAUACAAUAAUUCAUCGCGCGCACAAUUUCGGAAAAUUUCAAACUCGAACCGACGCGUUUACGUUCUUUCUUGUCUCGAGGGGUAGAUACAUAUCCGCGCGAACUUGUGCGCCGAACACGAAUAAUCGGGGCGCGUUUCCUGUUCGAUCGUGAAUUAUGGUCUCGAGGAGUACAGUGCUGCCUAAACUGCGAGCAACAACGGGUUUCUGGCGACGGACUUUUAUUCUCGGUUUCUAUCGGGUUUCUCUCGUUUCUUCGUCGGCGUUGCGGUACCUUUGUACGGGGCGAACGUUUCGUAAGUGAACAAGGCAAAGACGAACGUUCGUUUCGUUUGUAAGAUUGAUCGAUUAAGACGUGGGCGAGGAUACUUUUUAAACGUACUUUCAACGCUGAGUUUUUUCAUCGCAAAUCCAUCAAAUCUGUAUCGACGAGUUACGGUGAAUAGUUCGCGAUUUUGCUUCAGCUUGCAUGCAGAAAUGGAUAAUUUGGGAAGAGGAGAUACGAUUAU